AUGACCGCCCCCCGGUAUAACCUCGCUCCAGACACCACCGAAAACGUGUGGAAGCCCGAAACCGCCGUGCCAGAACACAUCAAAAAGUUGCUUGUUCCAAAGGGACCUAACCACGAGAUCAACUACAUUUUGGCGUUCUUCCAGAUCGUCAGACUCCUCAAGACCCAAAAGAGAACAGGAUGGAUUGAUCGUGGUAUCCCUACCGACAAGGUUGAGAGCAUCGGUGACCACAUGUACAGAAUGUCGAUCAUCUCCAUGGCCAUUCCUAACAACGACAUCAACAUCGACCAGUGUGCCAAGAUCGCAUUGGUGCACGAUAUCGCUGAGUCGUUGGUCGGAGACAUCACUCCGUUUGGCGGGGUGUCCAAGAAGGAAAAGCACCGUAGGGAACUUGAGUCCAUCGAAUUUUUAGCAUCCAUCAUUAGGCCCUACAACAAGAAGUUCUCCCACGAAAUCAUGGAGUUAUGGUUGGAUUAUGAGGAAAUCAGAACCGUGGAGGCCAGAUAUGUCAAGGACGUCGACAAGUUCGAGUUGAUCCAACAAGCAUGGGAGUACGAGCAGGAGUACGGUGUCAAGUACGACUUGUCCGAGUUCUACGCCAGCAGAUCGGCCGUUGUCUCGAAAGAAAUCGGCGACUUGUGCGACGAAGUCAUCAGACAGAGAGAGGAGUUUGUCAAGCAGCUCCGUCAAGAUUAA